AUGAAGGAGGAGAUGACCGACCGGGCCAAGCUGAGCCUGCUGCUCGAGAUCGUCACAGACUCGGACAACCCCGGCGUCAGGCUCCAUGCCACCCGAGCCCUGGCCCACCUCGCCCGCGGAGACGAGAACACGCAGCGGACGAUCAGGAGGGAGGGAGGAGUGGAGCAGCUGGCCAAGCUGUUCCUGGGCCUCAACGCCACCGGCGGCGGCUCGAAGGACGAUCCCCACCGCCACGCGGUGCUCAUACUGCUCCUGGUCCUGUGCCAGGACCCCAAGUGCGCGGCCCGCCUGCUGUCGGUCAAGCGGGUGGAGAAGGCCCUCACCCGCCUCCGCAAGGACGAGGACGCCUCGUUUCCGCUGCGGCUCUGCGCCAACGACAUCCUGGGCGCCGGCCGCCCGACGUCCAGGCCCACCACGCCCAUCAAAAACAACAAGAACCGGGGCCUCGGCGGUAAAGCGAAGAAGAAGUCAUCGUCAUCGAGCGGCAGCGAUAGCGAAGACGAGCUGUCCACUCGCGGGCACGUCAACUUCCUGCCGCCGCCGCUCUUCACCCGGCUGGGGCUUCUGGGCCGCGGCGCGUUCGCCAAGGUGUACAGAGUGCGCGUGUCGCCUUCUUCGGAUCGGGUCUACGCGUUGAAGCAGAUCCAGCUGUGGAACAAAUACGCUGAUCCGUUCUACUUCUACACCGAGGCCCAGAUCCUCAAGGACGUGGACCACGAGAAUGUGAUCAAGACGCACAGCAUCUACCAGGACCACUCGGCGAUGUACUUCCUGCAGGACCUCAUGGACACCACCCUGGACAGCGUCAUCCACUCCACCGCGGUCAUCGGGGACAAGGCCGCGCCGCUGCCGCUGCCUCUUCUGCUGGACGUGUGCCUCGGCAUCGCGCGCGGAAUGGACUAUCUCCACACCCUACCGCACCCCAUCCUGCACCGCGACCUGAAGCCCGAGAAUCUGCUGAACGACGGCAGGCUGAGGCUCGAGGGCCAGGGCCAGACGACGAAGCUGCGGGGUCUGAAGAUCACCGACUUUGGCGUGAGCCGCUACCUCAACAACCCGCACUCGGCGGAGGUCGAGCGCGGAAUGACCCAGGCCAUGGGCACCACGGGCUACAUCAGCCCCGAGAUGGCCGUCGGCAUGCGCCUCGCCCAGGACGAGCUGUGGCUCAAGUCCGAUGUGUGGAGCUUUGGUGUGAUCAUCAGCGAGCUGCUCUCGCGAAGGAAGCCCUACUACGGCAAGAUCACGAACGAGGUGAGCUCUAUCAUCGAGAGCGUGACGGUGACGGUGCGCGACGGGUCCAAGAAGAAGCGCAAGGCCAACAACAACAGCGACAGCGCGGACGCCGACGCCAUGCCCUUCCACGAGGACCAGCUCCUCGGGCGGCCGCCCAAGGCGCUGGUCGACCUGAUGCGCCGGUGCCUUUCGCUCACCAUCUCCGCUCGGCCCAGCUUCAGCGACGCCGUGGAGGUACUCGAGGAGCUCAAGCAAUCGCUGCACAGCCAGAGCGAGGACGAGAACGAAGCGGCGGCGGCGGCUCAGUCGCCACCACCGGUGUUGGAGCUCGAAGUGAAGCGACCCAAGCGACUUGCCAAGCGGCGCGCCAAGCCCGCUGUGCCGCCCCCGCAGGCCGACGAGAAGCAGGAGCAGCCAGCGCCCCAGGCCGUGGUGCCGACUGCUUGCAUGGUGCUCACGCCGCAGCAGCAGCCGAAGGUCAGGCGCGUGGUCCGACGGCGAAACAAGGUCCUUCUUGCGCCGGCAUCCGCCUCCUGCGCGCCAACCCAGGACGAUGACGAGGAAGAGCAAGUGGUCGAGGACAAGGAGAACGUCAAGCCGCUGGCCAACAGGCUCAAGAAGAUGCGCCUCUAA